AUGAACGCCAGUACGGGGAAUAGUUCCAGCCAUGGCAAGCCACUGAAAUGCAAUCAAAACGUUCAAGUGUAUCUUCGGGUUAGGCCAACGAAUGUGCGGGAAAAGCUAAUCCGCUCGCAGGAUGUGAUCGAGGUAGUCUCGAACCGAGAAGUUCUGCUCAAACCGAUGAUCCUUGAUACGAGAAACGCGAAGAAGUUUACCUUUGACCGUGCCUUCGAUGUUAACUCGAAGCAACAUGAGGUGUACAAUGCGGUGGUUGCGCCGUAUAUCGAAGAAGUCCUGGCGGGAUUUAAUUGUACGGUGUUUGCCUACGGGCAGACUGGAACCGGCAAGACGUACACAAUGGUUGGUGAGGAAAAACCAGAACUGAGUGCCGGCUGGGAUGACGAUACCGAGACUGGAAUGAUUCCCCGCGCGCUAAAUCAUCUUUUCGACGAAUUGCGUAUGACAGAGUUAGAAUUUUCGAUGCGCAUUUCGUACCUGGAGCUGUAUAACGAAGAACUGUGUGAUUUGCUGUCCAACGAUGAUACGGUCAAGAUUCGUAUCUACGAUGAUGUUAAUAAGAAGGGAUCCGUUAUUGUACAGGGUUUGGAAGAAAUCCCUGUUCAUAGUAAGGAUGACGUUUACAAGCUGUUGGCGAAGGGCCAGGAGCGACGCCGUACGGCGUCAACCCUUAUGAAUGCUCAGUCGUCUCGUUCGCAUACCAUCUUUUCGAUCAUUGUUCACAUUAAGGAGAACGGAAUUGAAGGAGAGGAGUUGCUAAAGAUUGGCAAACUUAACUUGGUCGAUUUGGCUGGCAGUGAGAACAUUACCAAAGCUGGGAACGAAAAGGGUAUUCGAACGCGAGAAACUGUUAACAUUAAUCAGUCGCUGUUGACGCUAGGUCGUGUCAUAACGGCACUAGUUGAGAGAACACCACAUGUGCCUUACAGGGAGUCGAAGCUUACUCGGUUGCUUCAGGAAUCGCUGGGAGGUCGUACUAAGACUUCAAUCAUCGCAACCAUCUCUCCUGGCCAUAAAGAUUUCGAGGAAACCAUGAGUACACUGGAGUAUGCGCAUCGAGCGAAGAACAUACAAAAUAAACCAGAGGCGAAUCAAAAACUGUCCAAGAAAACUGUUAUUAAAGAGUACACAGAAGAAAUCGAUCGACUUAAGCGAGAGCUAACCGCCACUCGGGACAAAAAUGGCAUUUAUCUACCUGAAGAGACUUACAAUGAAAUGUGCUACAAGGCCGAUGCGACCACCAAGGAAUUGAACGACAAAGUUGUCCUAAUCAAGGUGCUUAAGGACGAUUUGGCUAAGAAGGAAGCAAUUUUCAAGGAGGUUAGCCUCAAUCUCGUCGAGAGGGAAGAGAUGCUGCGAAAAACGGAGGACGAUCUGUGUGUUACGAAGCACGAGCUAUCCAGUACAAAGCGCACUUUAAGCAAAACGAAACAGCGCUACGCGGAGAAAAAGGUAAUCCUAGAACGACACGUCAAAACGGAAAAAAUGUUGACCGGUCAGGCAAAGGAGCUGAUUGAGGUGGUCGAAACGGUACAGAGCGAUACCAACGGUUUGCACGAUACGAUCGACCGCAGGAAAGAGACGGACGUGAAAAAUCAAACUGCUUGUCAGCAGUUUGUCGAACAGAUCAAAAAUAGAGUACAAAUGCUUCAAACGGAUGCAGCGUAUUUAACUCAGACUUCUAACCAGAUAAACAAUGCUCUUGCUGACGAUUGGGAAACUUACAUGAAAAGGCAGGAACGAUUCCAGCAGGACGCCCAAGCUAAACUAUCAGCUCUGGAGGGCUUUUCGCAAAACAUGCUGUCCAGGGAAUCGGCCAUGCUGACCACAUUUCGCGCUGAUCAAACCAACUGCAACGUAGAGCAAAUCAGAAAGGUCGAAACGUACACCGAGGGUGUUAACAGGGCUGUCGAAAAUUUGCUAACAACACUGACCGCCAACGUGCAGUCCUUGAAAAGGACCCUCGUAAAGCAGGAAGAAGAAUACAGGAAACAGCACGAAAGUGUCCUGCAGAUAUGCCGACGCAACGACGAACGUAACCUUCGAUUUUGUGCAACUCAACAGGAAGUGCUGAAAGAGAUUGACGGUCUAAUGGACCAGUUCUUCGAAAGUCAGACCCCGUUCGAUGAGUAUGUGGAAACAUCGGAAAUGUUCGAGGGCCAACUGAACCAACUUUUCGAAAAUAUGAAAGCUGUUAUGAAAGAGAAACGUGAUCGGUUAAAAGCCACUAGACAGGAUAUGGAAGCUGGAAAAAAAUCCUUCAAAUCAACCAUUGCCGGCAAUGCCGACGCAAUUGGUCGAAAUCUCGGCAGUCAACAAGAAGAAUCCAAGCAACUGGAACUGGAUGUUCGACAGUUGGAUACAAUGCGCCAGGAAUCUAAAUCCGUUAUCGAAGGCCGGCUUCAGAAUCAGAUCAUUCAACCGGUAGAAACUGUGGCCAUGCAGCUCAAAGAAACCGUACCCCAGCAAAAGCAACUGUUCGAAGCUUUCGAAGAAAUUUCCCGCGUUCGAUGGGAAGAUUACGCCGUCCAACACGAGCACAAUCUAGUGGACUAUUCCAACGGUCACGCAGCACAAACGCAGGCCCUGCAACAGGAACUAAACUCAAACUACAGCGCUCAAUCGGAGUUCCGGAACACCGCCGUUUCCCUAAACAAACAAUUGCAAAGUAACAUCGCAUCCCACCAGCAUACAAGCGAUUGCAACCUAAUGGAGCUCUGCGACCAAGUCGACCGGUUCCACCGGCAGGAACUGACGCUCUACCAACCUACCGGACAGACUCCGGUGCGGAAAACGAUCAGCUACCCGAAGGACCUGGCGAUGACUUCCCCGCACGAUCGAAUCGUUCGCCGGUUCUGGCGCGAGCGAGGUAUGCUCGAUCUGGAUGUAUCCGAUAUCAUCAACGAGGACAACGAGAACGUUAGUAUGCUUUGCAACAGCUUGGAUACGGCUGAGAUUCGCAAUUCCACUCCGCUCGCCAUGCGGCACAACGGACUAGACGAGGAUCAGAAACGAUUCAAGGACCUGCAGCUUAGCACCAUUCUGGCCAAGGUGUGUCUCAAGGAAGUAUCUGGGUCCAUUCUGUAUUUCAUUUACACAUCUGACAUUUCUCCACUCCCAGACGGUUGUGUAUUGUUUCAGUGUGCGGACGACCCAGCAAUCAUGUACGCGGGUCGCGUCGUACGUGCCCCAACAUGCAAGCUUCAGAGAGUGAUGGGCAAACGGCCCUUCGAGAUGAUUCGUGCGGCCCGCGGACUUGAUUUGAGGGAUGGUGGACUUAUGAGUAAAUUUUUUGAAGACACAUGUGUCAGUCACUUUAGUCGUAACGCCUCGUGCACGUUGUGA